AUGGCUGCCGUCUAUAUGAAUCUACCAGAAGUUCGAGCUGCCCUUCACAUCCCCGAUUUCGUUCAACCAUGGAUCAAUUCCAACGACCCUCUAAAUACACUGUAUUACAAUCGCAGUUAUUUUGAAAUGGAUGGCGAGCUACAGUUUAUUCUGAGCAACUACGUCUAUGAGACGAAUAACAUGCGGAUGCUAAUCUACAACGGUGAUACGGACCAGGUCUGCAAUCAUCUCGGUGACCAGUGGUUGAUCGAGCAAGUGGCCGCCAAUCUUUCACUUACGACUGUUAGCAAACGAGAGCCGUGGUACUACAAAAUAAACAACACCUACGAGCGUCAACUGGCUGGUUAUGAGAAGAUCUUCAGCAGGAACCUUCAUCUGGUCACUGUGAAAGGAUCUGGACAUUUGGUUCCCAUGGAUCGUCCAGGCCCUUCUCUUCAGAUGAUCUAUAACUUUGUUAUGGUUAGUAGAGUGGUUUUGGGCGCUAAUAGCCUUGGAGUAACCAACCUCUCAGUUCCCCUCUUCCUCCCUUCGAUGACGCAGCCUACGCCACUGAAACCAGAGUACGGUGGACUGGGCACUUGCGCUGCAAUAGCCUACCCUUCCCCUUCGCCACUACCUUCUAUUGCAGUGCCGACAAUCCCCGGUAUGGCAGAAGAAACCGAAGAGGAGCAAAGCGGCUGGGAAAAUAUGGACCUAUGGAUGAACACAGAUCCUUCGAACCUGACUGAUAAGGCUCUGGCUGAUAUGAUCACCAAUUUGCCCGGUAUCACAUUCAAUGUGACAUUCCGUCAGUUCUCCGGCUAUCUCACUUCUCCAGUCUAUCCCUUUAAUCACCUGUUCUACUGGUAA